CGGACAAGAUCUUCCGCAGCCGCAUCGCAGCGAACAAAGGCAGAUCUUGGCCGCUUCCCAGAGGCCUUCAAUCAGAAUCUGUCGUCAGAUCUCUGCAUAAUUUGGUCGCCCCUUCGUACCUCCACCAGAGAACCACCUUUAGUCGUCGAUCUCCACCUUAGAGACAUACACAAAGUCCGAGAUUCAGAUGGCCAGUGCCUCGCCACGCCGCCGCCUGCUGCGGUUGACCCACGGGAUCGGAUAAGAAACCCUGGCUAUCCAGGAUUGAAUGGAUUUAUUCUUGUUCUAAACUUGACUUAGCAGAGUUUUGCCUUUGCUUCAAGCUUGUGAAAAUGUCAUCUGGAAGUCUAAAAGCUGCAUUAUCAAAGAAAUAUGGUGAUAUAAAACUAUGGGUCCUGAUAGGCAUAUCCGUUGGCUCAUUUAUAGUUCUUAUUCUGGGGUUCCUCUCAAUAUGGGUCAUGUUCCGAAGAAAAUCACAAAGAAACUUGGACAAAUACAAUCUCGUGCAAAUCCCUAAUGUCUCAAAGGAAAUUAGAGUCGACAGUGUUGCGGACCAAAGCACACAAGAGGGUCUAAUCUUGACUAUCAAUGAUAAAUCUAGUGGUAAGAAUUCUGAGAAAACGAUGGUUCAUUUGGGAAGGAGUAAAUCUAGUGAUGUUGAUGAUGUCAGCCAGUGCAGUUCCAUGCAUCAUCAAGAGAGGACAUAUAGCUCUCAAUCGGGGGAAGAAGGAAGCUCGGGUAAUGCUAGAAAGCAGUAUUCUUCAUCAUAUGCAAUUGCAAUGCCGUCUCCUUUAAUUGGUUUGCCUGAAGCGUCUCAACUCGGGUGGGGCCACUGGUUCACUCUUAGAGAUCUAGAAAAUGCCACAAAUCGUUUCUCAACAGAGAAUGUUAUUGGGGAAGGUGGUUAUGGGAUUGUUUAUAGGGGCAGAUUGGUCAAUGGCACAGAGGUAGCUGUUAAGAAACUCCUUAAUAAUCUUGGCCAAGCAGAGAAGGAAUUUAGGGUCGAAGUUGAGGCCAUUGGCCAUGUUCGACAUAAGAAUCUUGUUAGGCUGCUCGGAUAUUGCAUAGAAGGAGUUCAAAGGAUGUUGGUAUAUGAAUAUGUAAACAAUGGCAACUUGGAACAGUGGCUCCAUGGGGCCAUGAGACAACAUGGCACCCUAACAUGGGAGGCCCGUAUCAAGGUUCUGCUUGGCACUGCAAAGGCACUUGCUUAUUUGCACGAAGCUAUAGAGCCAAAGGUGAUUCAUCGCGACAUAAAAUCUAGUAACAUCUUGAUUGAUGAUGAGUUCAAUGCAAAAGUUUCUGACUUUGGGUUGGCUAAGCUGCUGGAAUCCGGAGAGAGUCAUAUAACAACUAGAGUGAUGGGAACAUUUGGGUACGUGGCCCCUGAAUAUGCCAAUAGUGGCUUGUUGAAUGAAAAGAGUGAUGUUUACAGUUUUGGUGUUCUUCUCCUUGAAGCUAUCACUGGAAGAGAUCCUGUAGACUAUGGACGUCCAGCCAAAGAGGUUAAUCUUGUUGAGUGGCUGAAAAUGAUGGUUGGAAACAGGAGAGCUGAGGAAGUUGUUGACCCUGACCUUGAAAUUAAACCCGCAAUUCGUGCCUUAAAGCGUGCCCUUCUUGUUGCCCUUAGGUGUGUUGAUCCUGAUUCAGAAAAACGCCCAAAAAUGAGUCAGGUUGUUGUAAUGCUUGAAAAUGACGAGCUUCCGGAGCGGAGGAGGCGGAAAAGCCAGACGAGCAGCUUGGAGAUUGAAAAGGAGAGUUUUGGUUCGGCCGAGACCGAAAGCAUGGAUCCCGACCCACUUACACAUUGACCUCUUUUUCGAAGCUCUCCGCACAAAUUUCGACUAUGAAGUAUUCACCAGUGUGAUUAGAACAAAUCUUGCAUGCCUGGCAGCUCAUGAGAGAGAGAGAGAGAGAGAG